GGAAUGAAGAGAGGGCAAAGAAAUGUGAACGAACGAUGCCGUGUUCCCCUAACUGGUUCUUCGAUAUAGGCAGCUUUUCAUAUUUUUGGGAUCUAGAUAUAGCAGUCGAGUACAUCGGUGAACUACUUCACUCCCUAGGUUGGCUAAACCCACCCUCCACGGUCCAAUCAACUUAGGCCCUUCGCAGAUAUGGACACUGCCUACCCAACUCCGAUCACUUCCGCGCGAACACGAAUCGGAUGGAUUGGCAUAGGCGUCAUGGGCGCUGCUAUGGCCUCGCGCCUUCUCUCCGCUGGAUAUUCCCUCACUGUCUACGCCCGCACUCCCUCCAAGGCCUCCUAUCUUCAAUCUUUGGGAGCCCAUCUCGCCGAUUCCCCACAAUCCGUAGCCAGAUCUAGCCACGUUGUCUUCACCAUGCUAGGACACCCAUCAGAUGUUCGACAAAUUGUUCUCGGCCCCGACGGUGUUCUUUCCGGCCUGAAUCCCGGCUGCGUUGUCGUUGACCAUACGAGCAGCCAUCCUGCCCUUGCGCGCGAGAUCUUCGAUGCUGCAGUGGCCAAAGAGUGUUGGGCAGUUGACGCGCCAGUAUCAGGCGCGGACAUAGGCGCGCGAGAUGGGAAAUUGGCGAUUUUCGCUGGCGGUGAUGCUGGAGUUGUGAAGUGGUUAGGACCAUUAUUUGAUGUUAUGGGCAAGGCCACGCAUAUGGGUCCGGCAGGGUGUGGGCAGAGUUGCAAGAUAGGGAACCAAAUCGUGGUGGGAGCUAAUUUAUUGGGGUUGAGUGAAGGGUUGGUGUUCGCAGAGCGGGCUGGAUUGGACGUGAACAAAUUUGUUGAGGCAGUGAGGGGUGGAGCGGCGGGAUCAAUGGUAAUGGAGUUAUAUGGGGAGAGGAUGAUUGGGAGGGACUUUAGGCCUGGUGGGUUUGCAGAGUACAUGGUCAAAGAUAUGGGUAUGGGUGUGGAUAUGGUGGAAGAGAGUGAAGAUGAAAGGCUUGUGGUGUUGCCUGGCGCUGCCUUGUGUAAGCAGCUCUUCUCUGCAAUGGUGGCCAAUGGGGAUGGCAAGCUUGGCACUCAGGGCCUUAUAACUGUUAUUGAGAGGAUCAAUGGCAGGUAAUAUACAGAUGAACACAGGCAAAUCGUUGCAUCAAGAAGGCAGAACUUGGAGUCAGUUGAUGUAUGUAUUGGUUGAUCUUUAUUUUGAAAUAAAGUUAUAUUAUAUCUGUACAAUGAUCUAUAAGGGAAUGUUGGGUGAGAGGAAAACUGGUCCUUGUCCUUGCCAUUUUCUUUACAUCUCUGUGUGGUAGCAAUGCAACAUUUCAAGUGAUGAUUUGCAGUGA